AUGUUAAGGGAUGAGGAAUUGGAGGAUUCAAAGAAAGAAACUGUUGACAAAGGAAAAUUCAAAGGAAGUCUCGGGAAUAUUGUUCCAUCUUUGUUAGAUAACAUUUCUGACAGUGACGAAGUCUCAGAAAUUGACAACAUCUUUAAAGAACCAUCAAAUUUUGGAAUGAUGAAGUCCGCAAAAUCACUGCCCAAGAUUUUCAAUAAUUUGCAAGCCGUCAUUGAUGAAUUUCUCAAAUUCUGUCCUCCAAAGAUAUCUUCAAGACGCACAUCUUAUUUUUUACGAGAUGAUGAAUUUGCGCGCCAAAUGCUUCCUGCUAUAAACCCUCUGAGCAUCGAAAUACUUAAGUCAAUGUUUGAUCUUGAAAUCGAUGACGACGACGCCGUCGCCCUUAAUAACACCAACUCCAUAAUGUUGGAAAUUGUGCUCUAG